CACACACAGAGCUUCAGCUCAGACUUCAUCAGAGAGAGUGAAGAUACACAUCAAGAUCCACAUCAUUACAGCUCAGCUCAGCUUUAUUUACCUUUAUUUAUCUUAUAACAUCUUCAACACCUCAACAUGGCCAAGAAAGAAGAGUCCGUGGUGGCUACAUGCGCUCUCCAGCUCCGUACCCUGGGAGACCAGAUCUACUGGAAAUAUUUUCUCUUAGAGCUGAUCGUACGGACCCUUCAAGCAGCCAGCGACGACUCGGUGACGGGGACCUAGCCGAGACUGGAAUGGAGCCGCUGAAUGAAGGAAACGGUCUGCACGUGGUCGACUUGACCUGAAAAGAAAAAAAAAAUGGGCACAAAUUCCACAGGAAAGUGGAACUCAAAGCUCUGAUGAGGGUUCUGUCUCAAACGGCCGAUGGCUGCCUCGCUACUUGCUGUCUCGCGGGUUGGUUCAUAUCGAACCGCUCGUUGUUCCCUGUUCUUGGAAGGCUGGAGUGAAAUGGUUUGGGGUUGUACUCUGGGUUUGGACUGUAUGGAUGAUGGAUUUGGUUCGGUGUUCUGCGCUGGACACACGUCACGCUCUAAACACACCACAGAAACAAUCCAUUUUCUUACUUUAAAAAUUAAUAUGAAUUUAACAGACACAGAUUUAGACAUUUCUAUUACAUAUUCUAUUAUUUUUCUAUUAUUGUAUAAUUAUUCUGUUAUUACCAUUUCUGUUGUUAUUUAUAAUUUUCUUACUUGGUGUAUACAAAUGUAUACGUGUGUGUGUGUGUGUGUGUAAAUACAGUCGAGUGCAAACGUUUGCAUCCCACCAUUUAUUUCACAUGAAGAUUAUGGCUUUACAGCGACCGUUUUUAUUCCCAGAACUGAUCUGACGUUGAGCUGAUGAAUCUAAAGCAGAAUUUGGAGUGGAGGGAAGAUAUGAGGAGAGAAAUGAUGUUAGAUAAGAUCUUUAUCACGUACAUAAACAGAAGUGAACUUUAAAUUGAUGCUCCGAUCAUAUUUCUACUUUUUUUUUUAAAGAGAACCGUCAUGCUAUAAUGCCAGAAAUGUCAAAAUAUGUGUUAUUUCUUUCUUUAAACCAUUUAUGACAACAGUGAAAGACAAAGACUAGUCACACAAGAUAAUACAGUAAUAAUCAUCAGAUUCCUUAAUAUUAUAAAACAUAUAUACUGUAUAAGAACACCAAUGAAACAUAAACACUGAUUCCUGCUGUAAAUAUCAUAAAUGUGACAACAUGACAUUGUAAAAACAAACAAACAACCAUAAUAAACUCAUUUAUGAGGUAAAAAGAAGCAGCAAA